CAGGCCUUAGGAUGUUAGAGAAAAGGUCAGACCUAAAAUCGGCGAAAAGGGUGCUGGAGGUGGCUCCAUUUAUGACAACCGUCACCAAUUUCAUGAGCACGUAUGAAGUGCGUAUAUUAGAGAGGGUGCCGUGCGCAAAGCGAUUAAACAACCUUAGCACUACGAUGGACAACUCUCCUCUCUCUCACUCUAUCUUUUGAACAAGAAAGCACACUUUAAACAUGUUCGGCAAAAACGUUUUCGAACAUUUCUGAAACCUUGACCUUCUAUGGGGCCAAGAUGUGAUUUUUAACUUUAGAGAAGUCCAAGUGUGGGAUGGAAUUUCAAUUGAAAAAAAUACAUGAGGUCGCUAGCAUGACGUUUAUGUUGGUUUCGGUACAAUUAUUUUGUUAAAUAGCCCUGUAUUCGUCAAAAACCUUGAAUUCCACAUAGGAUCUUGAGUUGCUUCAGGUAUCCUUAUGUUCUCUAGGAACCCUGCAUAACCCCUCUUGAUUUUGUCUUGGAAUUUUCCAGGAGUUUUCCAUUAAACCCAUGGAAAUCUGAAACAUUUUAACUAUACAGAACUAUACGAAACUCGCAACCGCUAAUAAGCCUCUGGAUUCCAUAAAAAACAAAAAAUCUAAAUAACGUAGAGGGAAAAAAGCUCUCAUCAUUGCAGAGUGUACUGGGGCGUAUUCUUAUGUGUGUUGAAAACGCCUACCGUUUUUUAACUCUGGGAACUAUACGUAGGUAUUGGGACUCAUUAUAGGUCUUCAGAAGAAUUUCAUGUUUCUAGAGAAAUUCCUAGAGUUGGGGUUUCAAAGGGUUUUCAAGGUCAUAGUGAAUUUUAAUUGUUAUUGAUACUUUUAAGUCCCAAAACAAGUAUAAAUGACCUUCUAUUCAGCUUCCAGUGGCCUCUUAAUUCAGUUUCCAAAAAACGUAAAAUGAGCAAAAAUUCAUGCAAUAUUUCAAUUUAUCCCUAGGCAUCAGUUCAUAGCACUUUGGUUUUCUCUUUAUUCUCUCUCUCUAUACGACAACCUUUUGUUUAUGAAUGAAAUGGGUAUUCAAGAAUUGUCGCGUUGUUGAGAAGAUAAUGACAAAUUUGUAUAUGAAAUUGUCUUUAAAACUUGAAACAAUCCGCUGCGAUUAUGUGGGUAAUUUCUCUUCGAACGACGUCUUCCGGAAGCUGUCUAUGUUAGAUGAAACAAAAAGACCUGGAACAGAUGGCAUUCCUCCAAUGCUGGUUAUCGGAUAUCCCAAAUAUUUAUCCAGUCGAACGACUCACAGAUCGUUUAUGGUAUGACGAACCACCGAUAAUCCACAACACUUUGAGGAAAAGCAUAAAGGCUGGCAGCGGUAGAACAACUGUUUUUUCUAAGUUUUGCGAAUGUAUUACCAAUAACUAUUUUAACUAUAAACAGAUCUACACAGAUGGCUCUAAAUGCGCUAAUGAGACUGGAGCUAGGAUUUACAUACCGCCGAGGAAAAUUAGUUGCGCCCUACCAAGCGAAUGUAGUGUCUUCUCAGCGGAGUCGUAUGCUUUGACCUAGGCUGCUCAAGAAGUGAUUAGAAAUGACUGCACUUGAAUUUUAACGGACUCAGCUAGCUGUCUGGAUUCACUGCACAAAGGAAAUUCGCGGCAUCCAUGUAUUCAAUCUUUGGAGAGUCACGCACGAAAUCGCAAUAUUGUUUUCUCUUGGGUACCGGGGCAUGCCGGAAUACCCGGCAAUGAAGAAGCAGACAAAUGCGCAAAUACUGCACGCAGCAGAUCAACACCACUUAUCGUAUCUAGAGUUCCAGCUCAAGACGCAUAAAAGCUAGCAUAUGGAAGACAUGAGAACAGCGAUGGCACUCAAAUCAAUCUUUUCACAGGCAUAAUAAAUACACACCUACGCAGUACAAACACCGGAAAAGUCCCGCAGACCAGCGUGUUCUUUCAAGACUUCGUAUUGGGCACACUAGACUGGCACCUGUCUAUUUGUUCAAGAAAACUACUGUAAUAUCUACAAAACUCUGUAAAAAUCAAAUAAUCAAGACACGAAUGCCGCAAAGAUGGUAAAGUGUCUCAAAUAAACAAAAAAAAAUUACAUAUCUCGUAGACCGGACUGCUUACGGACGACUAAACAAUGGGAAUUCGACACCUUUUCAAAUCAUUUACGGAGUUCCACAAGGAAAUCAUCUGGGACCUUUUAACUUCGUUCUUUGAAUCAACGAUCUAUGCGCUAUUAUUGAAUCGGAAAAGCUCCGACGAUCUCAAAAUUUUUCGUACCAUACCUUCACUAGUUGACUGCUGUGCUCUCCGAAAAGACAUCGAUCCAAUUCUAACUUGGUGUCAUCAGAAUGGUAUGACUCCUAAUAUUUCCAAAUGUAAUGUCAUAUCUUUCACUCGUAAACGUCAAUCUUUGAACAUCGAGUACAAAAUGUCAUCGACUACCUUAAGCCGCUAUUCCAUCGUCAAGAACCUUGGUAUAAUUUUGGCCACCAAGCUCACUUUCUCACAGCAUUUCUCGACUGCAACAGCUAAGGGCUUUGCGGUUCUUGGCUUCAUGCUACGAAACACGCAAUUUUUCAACGACUUACAGCCUAAAAGCACUUUAUGAUGCUCUUGUACGUAGCAUUGUUGAAUACGGAGUGCAAAUCUGGGCUCCAUACCAGGUUGUACAGGCAAACCGGAUCGGAAGAGUACAACGAUGCUGUGUUCAAAAGUAGAAUAAAAUAGUAUCUUCCUCGAAACUUUGCUUCACACAAGUUCGGAGCUAAAGCUACCAAAGCAAUUGCUAAAUCUGAUUCAUGUCACUAUUUGUCAUGGAUAUUAAUCGAUACUGCAUCUAACAUCCCUCAUUAACCCAUAUUUCAGCUGCUAUGCAAAUAUUAACAUUUGUUCACCAUAAUUUUCCAUUUGUUGAGUAUCAUAUCUUUCAUUAAAAUAUUAUUUACACCUAGACUAGCAAUAGACUUUAUUCGAACUAAAUCCUACACAGUAGACCAACAACAGAAAAAAAAAUUACAGUCCCCUAGUAAAACUGUCAUCGUGUCGUUUCGAUUGGAAACAAAAACGUGGUAUCGCCAAACCCCUUCCUCAUAUACCUGUAAGUUGUUAAAACAAAUCGUUCGUUUGUCGCUAGCCGAUUUUGUAUGUUUAUAUUUACUAGUGUAAAGUUAAGUUGUGUGUGUUAAAUUUUCUUUUGAUUUAUUUUUUAUUUUCGUUUUGUCAAGUAUUUGUCCCUCUGCAUGUUCGUUAAACACCCAUCUUACAACUUUUAGCGUUAAUUUUAGCAACUACUCGGACGGAUUCGGCAAAGGGACCGAAUCUUCGUUGGUCGAUCUGGCCGAUGAUGCCGCCGGUGUAGCUCUGGUUAUCAACGGUCAUUCGUUGGUGCAUUGCCUGACACCGGAGUUGGAGUCCAAGUUCCUAGAGAUCGCUUCUCAGUGUAGGGCCGUUAUUUGCUGCCGAGUUACGCCACUUCAAAAGGCCAUGGUCGUCGAACUGAUCAAGCGAUCCAAAAAUGCCGUUACGUUAGCUAUUGGAGAUGGCGCUAAUGAUGUCUCGAUGAUAAAAGCGGCCCACAUCGGCGUAGGAAUCUCGGGCCAGGAGGGUAUGCAGGCGGUCCUGGCCAGCGACUACUCAAUAGCUCAGUUCAAAUUCCUCGAAAGACUGCUUCUGGUACAUGGGCGCUGGUCCUACUAUCGGAUGUGUAAAUUUCUGCGCUACUUUUUCUACAAAAAUUUUGCAUUCACGUUGUGCCAUUUUUGGUAUGCAUUUUUCUGCGGCUUCAGUGCUCAAACCGUGUUCGAUCCGAUGUUCAUCUCGGUGUACAACCUGUUCUACACGUCCCUACCGGUGCUGGCGCUUGGUAUCUUCGAGCAGGACGUUUCGGACAAGAACAGCGUCGACUAUCCCAAGCUGUACACACCCGGAAUCACCAAUGCCUUAUUCAACACAACCGAGUUCAUCCGGAGCGUACUGCAUGGGAUCUUCAGUUCGCUCAUACUUUUCCUAAUACCUUACGGUACCUACAAAGACGGCAUUUCUCCCGACGGUUACGUACUUAACGAUCACAUGCUGUUGGGUUCAGUGGUUGCAACGAUCUUGAUCCUGGACAAUACAGCUCAAAUCGCACUGGAUACCUCCUACUGGACCGUGUUCAACCACAUAAUGAUCUGGGGCAGCCUGUUGUGGUAUCUGUUCCUGGAUUACUUCUAUAACUACGUGAUCGGGGGACCGUACGUGGGAUCCCUAACGCAGGCAAUGAAAGAGGCAACCUUCUGGUUUACCACAGUUCUAACGGUGAUCGUGCUGAUGGUUCCGGUACUAGCCUCUCGGUUCUAUUUCGUCGAUGUGUUUCCCAGUCUGUCUGAUAAGAUUCGUAUCAAGCAAAGGAUGGCUCAACUCAGGUCCCGACAGAGUAGUGACGUUUUACGAACACCGUCGGCAAGAAGGGCUCGACGAUCGCUACGUUCUGGCUAUGCAUUUGCUCAUCAGGAAGGUUUUGGUCGCCUCAUCACGUCCGGUAAGAUCAUGCGAAAGCUACCGCAAGAGUUUGCCUUUCCGUUGGGAUUAGGAAGUAAAAAACAGCAACAGUUGCAACAACAGCAACAGCUGCAACAACAACAGCAAGCCGACAGUGGAACGUCAGCCGGUGCUGGAGCUGGAACCACGGGUGCCACUGGAAGCAAAACAAACGGGAUCAACGCCACCGGAGCUGGAGCAAUAACGUUCACCACGAACGCCAGCAACAACGCUAACCCUAACAGUAAUAAUGCCAACAACAACAAUAAUAACCUUAUCAGCAACAAUAACGACAACGCAAAUAAUUAUAACGCCACUAGCCUAACCACAGGGCUGGUAGCGGUUUGACAAUGAAAAAGUAGGGACUUUAGUGACCAAAAUUUGAAAAAAAGUGACCAAAUAGUGACUUUGAGGACCGAAAAAAGUGACCAAAUAGUGACUAUGUAGAACGAAAAAAGUAACUUUGAAGUACAAAAAAUGUGACCAAAACAGGCCCGUGCGAAGGACCCGUCCAGGGGGGACUGAUAAACUAAAUUUUGGAAACAUAUUACAAUAAAUGCUUCAAAUUUUCGAUAAGUCAAGAAAGUAAGAAAUAAAUUAGUUUCAAAAGAAUUUCUUAGCAAAUUUAAAAUUAAAAAAAUCUGAAUUUUAACAUAAAUGUCCAAUCUUGUACAAAACUUACCAUGAAUAGAUGUUAGGAAAAUGAUAAUAAUUGUUAAUUUUUAUUCAUCUAAAUUUGGAAUUCUUUUCCUCAUUUUCAACUGGAAGUUUAGUGAGAAAUUCCGCUGUAAUUUUUUAAUUUGAACAAAAAAUAUUUAAUCACGAUUUAAAAUGUGAAUUACCGAUUACUGAAUAAGAAAUGAAUUUUGAACAGAAUUUAUUCAAUGUUCGAUGGUUUAAUUUAAUUUGAUAAAAAGAAGAAUAUAUUUAUGAUUAUUUUAAAAGUGCCAGUUAUAUAAGCCAGACAUAAAACCUUUAAUGAAUUAAAAUCCUCCAGUUAUCAAAAUGUCAUUUUUGAAGCUUGAAUAAUAACUUUAUGUUCAACUACACUGACACAGAAAUGUUAGAAAAUGAGUAAUUACGUGAAUGAUUAAAACUGAUGAAAAAUUCAAAAUAAUGAGUUCAAAACUUUUGUUAUUAAUAUUGAAAGCACAAAUCAAGUACAAAUUUAGUUAAAAUUACGUAUUAAAAUUUAUUUUUAAAGUUGCUACUUAGAACAAUUUUUCAAACUUUUUAGAAUAAUUUAAAAAAUCAUGAUCGAUCCAAAAAACAUGAUUUCAUAUAAAAAAUAUUAAUAAAAAGUUUUUAAAUUUUCAAUCGCAGGUUUUUAAGCUUUAAAUUACAAGCUCUGAGUAUUUUGUCUCUUUUGAUUAAAAUAUUGGGUCCUGAAAGAACAGAAGGUUGAAAUUAUGUUUUAUUAUUAAAAAUUUGGAGUUAAAGGCUUAUGGUUGAAGAACACGAAAAUUCAGAAUUUAAAAACAAGGAAACAAUUGUUAAAAAUAUGUCUGAAAAAUUUCAAAAGUUUGAUUAAAAAAAAUUCGGCAAGUUGAUUAGUAAAAUUCGGUAAAUUUAUUUGAAGAUUGAAAAAACAAUAUGGAAAUAAAAAAGAUUAGUUUUUAAAAACA